AUGUCCGACGACCAGCUCAUCCUCCCCAUCAUCGACUCCCACAUCCACCUCUACCCAGCCUCCGAAGUCGACUCGCUGUCCUGGUACACCCCCGAGAACCCUCUCGCCGGCCAACACUCCCUCGAAGAAUACCGUGAAGCUACCUCUUCAGCCCCGUCCCUCCUGGGCUUCGUCUUUGUCGAGACAGACCGCAAGAACGAUGUCGAGGCUGGCGCCGCAGAUGGAUCUGGCUGGGAGGGCCCCCUAGCUGAGGUCUCGUGGCUCAAGCGUAUUGCGCUCGGCCAACCGCGUGAGGGCGAGGGACACACGGCCGAGGAUGCAAAGCUGUGUCUCGGCAUUGUUCCCUGGGCGCCUGUGGUCAGUGGCCCUGAGGUGUUGGAGCGCUAUCUCGACCGCGUCAAGGAGGAAGCUGGAGAUGCUUGGCCAAAGAUCAAAGGUUUCCGCUAUCUGCUACAGGACAAGCCUCAUGGUACCAUGCUGGACGACAAGUUCAUCAAGGGUGUCAAGCUGCUUGGCCGUCGUGGUUUCACCUUUGACGUGGGUGUUGAUCAACACCGCCGAGGAAAGAAGCAGCUCGAAGAGGUCGUCGCAUUCGUCGAACGUGUUCACGAUGGCGUUCCAGAGGAGGAAAAGGUUACAUUGGUGCUGAACCAUCUCUGCAAACCAGACUUUAGCGUCAUCAACGUCACAUCCGAUCCAGGAUUCCAUGCCUGGCGCACCGCCGUCUAUGCUCUCAGUAAAGAUUCUCAUGUCUAUAUGAAGCUCUCGGGCGGUUUCUCUGAGAUGCCCGAUUCCCUGCGAAAGCAGGACCCCAACCAUAUCUUCGAGGCUACUCUUGGCUGGCUCGGCAUCACCCUUGCUACAUUCGGUGCCAGCCGCAUAAUGUUUGGCAGCGACUGGCCUGUAUGCACUGCCGAUACCGACAAUGCCUGGCCCAGGUGGCGCAGCAUUGUCGAGCGCAUGUGCUGGAUGGCGACCCUUGGUGACGAGGAGCGUGCCAUGAUCUUUGGUGGAACGGCCAAGAAGGCUUACAACCUCUAA